AUGUCUGGCUGGGAUUUCGAGUUCGAUCAAGAUGAAAGUUUCGCCGCAGGCUUUAACGAGACUGAUAACUUCCUCUUCUCGGGUAGCCCAACAUUCGAGCCAUCCUUCUUCCAACAACAACCAGAAAAUCCUUUCCCAACAAAUAAUUUAAAUGUUAGACCAAUUCAACAGGUUCAGAAAAGCUCACCAGCACCAACAGCAGGUCAGAACCUCGCACAAGAGAAUGAUCAACUCCGUUUGGUAUUUACGACAUUAAAACAAAAAGCAGAGCAAGCAGAAAGUUUAAAUCAAUCUCUCAAGUCACAACUCGAAGAUUGCCGCAACUGGUUCCGCGACGCCAUGUUUACUGGCAUUAACACCCACAAAUGA